UGACCAUUGGACCUUGAGAGUGAGCCGAUAAACACCUGUUCAGUUUCAGUGUAAAAAUAAAAAAAGCAGCUAGUGUGUAUGUGGGUGUGCAUGUCGGUGUGUGCGUAGGUGUGUGUGCGUGUGUGUGUGUGCGUGUGUGUGUGUGUGUGUGGGACAGAGGGAGAGAGUGAGAAUGAGGGUGGUGGGAGGAGAAACUGCCAGUCAUAUAAAUGAUUAUACAUAUCUGAGGAUCCAGGCACAUUUCACAGAGGUCAUCGUCAACUCAAAGGAGGGUCUCGCUUCCGGAGCUAAUUUCUUUCCAAAUUAACUGAAAAGAGAGAGAGAAGGAGAGAGAGAGAGAGAGAGAAAAAAAAACAGACUUGGAUCUGGGUAUUCUAUUAUUUUCUUUUUGAUUAUCUGAGAGUUGGACUGAAGAAACGGUCAUGGAUCCAAUUGUGGAAGUCGUGGCUUUGAUUCUGGGGUUCAUCGGAUGGGUGAUGGUCGGGGUCGCGCUGCCGAAUCGUUACUGGAAGGUGUCCACCGUGGACGGGAGCGUCAUCACCACCUCCACCAUCUACGAAAACCUGUGGAUGUCCUGCGCCACGGAUUCAACCGGGGUCCACAACUGCAGGGAGUUCCCGUCGCUGCUUGCUUUGAAUGGUUAUAUCCAGGCCUCCCGUGCCCUGAUGAUUGCAUCCAUACUGUUGGGCACCUUCGGCCUGGUGGGGGGCCUGGUCGGGAUCCAGUGUUCUAAAGCGGGGGGAGAAAACUAUGUUCUUAAAGGGAGGAUUGCAGGCACCGCCGGGGUUCUCUUCAUCUUGCAAGGUCUUUGCACCAUGGUCUCGGUGUCGUGGUACGCCUUCAACAUCACCCAGGACUUCUUUGACCCCUUCCAUCCGGGAACCAAGUAUGAAAUAGGAGAAGGACUUUACAUCGGCUGGUGCUCGGCCGUGCUCGCCAUCGCCGGAGGAGUCUGUCUCUCCUGCUCCUGCAAAGCGGGCACAAAGGAAAAAUAUCCCUUGCAUUAUCAUGACAGAGGAACAGCGUACUCUGGAGCUGCACCAAGCAGAAGCGCCGCAACCAGCACUUACGGACGAAACGCUUAUGUCUGAGCAAGAUGGCGUUUUUCUCAAUUUUUAUUCUUGUACAUAAAUCGUUCUGUUAUUUUUUUUAUUUUUUACUCUUUCUGCUGGUCUUGUUGUCUGUGGCUGUGAACUAGCACCAUUUGCUUACUGUUGGAAGGAACUGUAAUGUAUAUAGUCACAAUUUCUGAUGAAUCUCUUGUAUAAAUCAUUACCAAGGCCGAUGAUAUAAACACUGUACAGAGCUGUUUUGCUUUUCUCUCUGCCACAACACAGACUGAGUCGUUUUACCAUUUCUGUUUGUGUUUCACUGAUGAAAUCAACAUGUGGGCAUUUACCAAAACGAUAAAUCAUGCUGUGAUCUUCAUAAACAAGGGCAGAUAUUUAUGCGGUCAAAAUAGAAAUGAUUCAGGUUUUAUUUGUGUUGUUUUGUACAGUUUUGUAAUGUACUGUUAGGAGAGGGUGGAGAACAAUUGUUUUGUUUCAAUUGUAUUUUUUUUUUACUAUUGAAGACAAUAAAAUACGUGUAAAAAUGAAAACUGGAGUUUUAUUUGAUGUUUUUGUAAUCACAAAAUGUUGCAAUUCUAAUACUUUUAAAAUAAAAAUAUUUUCCCGUA